AUGGCCUCUCAGAACGAGUCAGGCUCCGAUGGGGCUCCCCCAGGCUCAGUGAACCUCGCGUCACUUUCUUUGCCCCAACUCCGCUCCCUCCAAACCCGCCUCACCUCCGAGUUGGAGCACUUGACAACCUCGCACGCGAAGCUGCGCGCCGCACAAGCCAAGUUCCGUGAUUGUGUAAACUCGAUCAACGACGGUGUCACUGGAUCUGAGUCGAAAGGAACUACUGGUCGCGAUGAGAUUUUGGUCCCCCUUACAAGCUCUUUGUAUGUCAAGGGUCGGUUGACAGACCGGGAGAAGGUGCUUGUUGAUGUUGGAACAGGAUUCUAUGUUGAGAAGGUAUGUUUUGGGUUAUUCAUAUUACAGAUCGGCAUGGAACAACGUUCUAGAAGUUAUAUCUUUUGUGGUACUCUUUUCUUUGCUACAUGCAGAAAGCUGACAGAUCAAUCUUCAAUGCAGACACCCGAAAAGGCGAUUGCUUUUUACAACGACAAGGUCAAGGGAUUGGAUGAGAACUUGGUUGAGUUGGAAAAGAUUGUGCAGGCUAAGAACUCUCAACUGCGGAUUGUUGAGGAGGUCCUCCGACAGAAAAUGCUUAGCGGCGAGGGUGCCGAGGCGGGCGCUCCAAGUGCCUAA